AUGGACACUCCCACGGAGGCCAAAGGCAGCGAACCGGCAAAUGACCAUGAGAUUAACCACUUGGUGGACGACUUUCUGUCACGUCAAAUCAGCUCCGCCGGUGGCUGUGGCAAAAUAAUUCUCCGUGAUCUCUCUGUCAUAGGCGCAGGUGUUGGACAUCAACUCGUGAGCAAUGUCUCCGUGGCUCUGGCCCAGCUCUUGGAUCUGGCAAAACCGACUACCUGGUUGUCAAGAAAACCUCCAUCAUCGCGCGUGCUGCUCCACAAGAUCACCGGGACUGUUGGCGAAGGGGAAAUGGUGAUGGUUGUCGGCCGACCAGGGAGCGGUUGCAGCACGUUUCUCAAAUCCAUCGCCAACAUGCGUGAAGAAUACUUGGGAAUGGAGGGGGAUGUGUGGUAUGGAUCAUUCGACGCCGCCACCGCAAAUAAACUCACACAGGGCAAGGUCGCCUUUGUGACGGAGGACGACGUUCAUUUCCCUACUCUAUCGGUCAAAACCACCCUCCGGUUUGCUCUCAAUGCACGACGCCCAACCUCAGACCCCGAUCGCCAAACAUGUAUUAAACGAGACCUCCAAACGGUUCUGAAGCUCAUGGGCCUGGACCAGGCCGCCUCAGUUCGUGUUGGUAAUGAUUAUAUUCGCGGAGUCAGUGGCGGUCAACGACGGCGGGUCUCGUUGGCCGAGGCUCUUUGCACACGUGCCGGGCUGUUCUGCUUCGAUAACCCAACUAGAGGUCUAGACUCGUCGACCGCUAUUCGCUUCAUCAAGGUCCUCCGCGAGUAUACAACUCGCAGUCGAUGUGCGACGGUCAUGUCAUUAUACCAGGCCAAUGAUCCUGCCGUUUCCCUAUUCGACAAGGUGGUGGUCCUUAAUGAAGGCCACGUUGCAUACUACGGCCCUAUGUGCGAGGCGAAAGGAUACUUCGAAUCACUUGGCUUUUGCUGCCCGCCCCGAGUGUCAGUGUCGGAUUUCCUGGCUUCCAUGUCCGGAAAUCCCAAAGGUCGAAUUGUCCGCGAUGGGGUAGAACGGCCAGUGCCAGUUGAACCGAUUGAUUUCCAAACCAGGUUCCAGGAGACUCGUUUCUAUCAGCAAUCGUUGGAAGAGGCCCUGGCCCCUCCACAGGUACCCUCGCCGCCCAAGUCGCCAGGGUACUCUCUGCCGUUUUACCGCCAAGUCUACGAAUGCACCUUUCGCCAUUACCAGGUCAAUCUCACUGAUAGGGCGUCAUGGAUCGCAGAGGCAGCUGGAACAAUUGUCCAGGCCCUCCUCCUAGGCACCCUGUUCCGCAAUCAACAGGACGUUACAGAAGGGCUUUUUACACGCGGCUCAGCCCUGUUCUUUUGUGUUCUAAUCAUGAGCCUGCAGGCUUCGGCCGAGUUUGGCAACACUUUCGUUCAGCGCCCAAUCCUGCUGAAGCAAAAGUCCCUGCUGUUCUAUCGGCCAGGAGCCUACGCACUCGGACAGAUCCUUGCCGACAUCCCUUGGAAGCUGGUAUUUGUACUGUACUCCCUGCCCAUCUACUGGAUGAUCAAUUUUCAGCGCUCAGCAGGGAAUUUCUUUACAUGGCUUGUGGCAUUGUACAUAGGUAUGAUAGCCCUCGGCGUGACGUUUAGGGCAAUUGCUGUCUUCACAACCUCACCAACACGAGCUGUUCUGCCAGUGGGAUUACUGGUGAACACUCUCAUCAUGUAUACCGGGUUUUACAUCACCCCACCUGGAAUGAAGGUCUGGCUUUCGUGGUUUCGACAUCUCAAUCCAAUGUACUAUAUGUUCGAGUCCAUCGCGCUCAACGAAAUUGGGUCUAGCACAUACGCAUGUAGUGAUCAAGAUACAGUUCCACGGGGACCUGCAUACAAUGAAUCAAUAUAUCAAACAUGUGCAGUACCUGGAUCCGUGCCGGGAAAUCUGACGCUAUCCGGAAACUUGUACCUCAUAGCUGAAUAUGGGUUUGUCCACGCUCACAAAUGGCGCAAUGUUGGUAUUAAUGCCGCGUUCUAUGUCUUCUUCUCUAUUAUGGUGAUGAUCGGUAUGGAAAGGUUCCGCACCGCCGGUGCACAAAUGUCAACGAUUUUCUAUCGCCAUCUACCUCAAUAUAAAAGUACUUCCUCUUCCACAUCAGACAUCGAGAAACCGGCUCCUGGCUCUGAAGCUAUUGACGAGCACAACCAAGUUUUGGGCGAUCUUGCUUCUGGCUCACUUGGCGAGGACAACCACCUCUUUGCCUGGAGAGGACUUUCUCUUGAUCUAAGCAACAAAAAACGUCUGCUUCAUGAGGUUACUGGAUGGCUUGUGCCGGGCUCUAUGACGGCUCUGAUGGGAAUGUCUGGGGCAGGAAAGACGACGCUUCUCGAUACUUUGGCCCAGCGAAUUCAGAUUGGCGUCAUAUCUGGCAAUCUUUUGCUGGACGGGAAUACGCUACCCGCAUCAAUGGGACGUAGGACUGGGUUUGUGCAUCAAAAUGAUAUCCACCUCAACUCGUGCACCGUGCGAGAAGCGCUCCAACUUAGUGCACGUCUUCGCCGUGUCGCAUCCGUUUCUCUGGAAGAAAAGAUGGCCUACAUUGAAACUGUUAUCCGCAUGCUUGAUAUGGAAGAUAUUGCUGAUGCGAUUAUCGGCGUUCCGGGAGCCGGGCUGAAUUUGGAGAGACGAAAACGUGUUAGCAUUGGUGUCGAGCUUGCAGCUAAGCCAGACAUUCUCUUGUUCCUUGAUGAGCCAACUUCGGGGUUAGAUGGGAAUUCGGCGCUCUCGAUCGUCCAACUUAUGCGAAAUUUGUCAAAUGCCGGUCAAACCAUUCUGUGCACAAUUCAUCAACCCUCUUCCCAGAUGAUUGAGCUGUUUGACUCACUGCUUUUGCUUAUCCCUGGUGGUAAGACAGCGUACUUUGGCCCACUUGGACCCCGGUGCACAACUAUUAUCGACUAUUUUGCCCGCUAUACGCGUCGCUGUGGAGAUACCGAAAACCCAGCGGACUACCUGCUGGACAUCAGCGCAGAUCCUCGAAUGGACUGGCUUCUGACCUGGGAACAGUCACCCGAAUAUACCAAAACCCAAGACUACGUUCAAAGUAUAGUUGACGGAAAAGACACUUCCAAAAAUCCCAGUUCCGAUAGGGCUCAUGCUGCAUCAUACUUGGAGCAAUUGCACGUUGUCACCAGCCGUGCAUUUACCAACUACUGGCGUGACUCGGAUUACGUGCUAGGAAAGAUACAGCUGAACAUAUGGAUGGGACUGCUGAACGGCUUAACUUUUCUCCAACUCUCGAAUAAUCUGGUGGACUCCCGUGGACGAAUGUUUUCAAUCUUUGUUGGUGUCAUCACUGGCCCUGUGCUGAGCCUUCAAAUUGAGCCUCGCUUCGUCAUCCUCCGCGACCAGUUUUUGGCUCGGGAAAACGAGUCACGCGUGUACCACUGGAGUGUCUUUGUUAUUAGCGCACUUGUGGUUGAAAUUCCAUUCACGCUGCUCGGCGGGCUCAUCUACUGGCUUCUUUGGUACUACAUGGUCGGCUACUUCUACAUCUCGACACGUGCAGGAUAUGCGUUCCUGAUGUACGAGCUCUACUCCCUUUUUGUUGCUAGUCUGGCCCAGUUGACUGCAGCUAUCUUCCCAACUGCUCUUGCGGCACAGGUAGCGAAUGGGUUUAUCUGGCUGGUGGUGAACACAUUCAACGGUCCCCUCUCGCCUCCACCCCUGACUCCCACAGGAUGGCGUUGGUUUUAUAACAUAUCGCCACUGUUCUACUUUAUUGAGGGUAUUGCCUCGAAUGCCAUGCACGCAUUGGAAAUCCAAUGUGACCCAUCAGAAAUCUCAGUCUUUCGUGCACCACCUUCGGAGACUUGUGAACAAUACACCUCCCAGUUCUUUAACAUGUCUUCUGCGUCAGGCUAUCUCAUCAACCCGACAGCAACUGGACAGUGCGAAUACUGUAGUUAUUCAAAUGGUGAUCAAUAUAUCACACAAUACGACAUGUCAUACUCCGAGCGUGGCAAUAAUGUUGGGAUCUUUAUUGGCUUCAUCAUGUUCAACUAUACAAUGACCCUUUUCGCCACCUACUUAAUUUUUAUCUUCAACUGGAGAAAGCGAUACCAGAAGUGA